AUGCUCCUCAUGGCCGCGGCCGCUAUGGCCAGGGAAAUCAUCUUCCCGCCAGUGAUGCCGGACGUGGCUCAGAGUCCAUUGGGGGCCAUGGAUUUAGACUCUGAUGUUGCACCUGGACUUAGUAUGGACAUCUCGAGGGCGAAAUUUGCGGGUUUGACGACUUACGCCAACUUACCAUACGUACAUUGUUUGGCUGCCGAGGGAGAAGAGGUUGAGCCUUACGAUAUUGCGAUUCUUGGGGCACCAUUCGAUACUGGAGUUACAGCGCGACCUGGGGCUAGGUUUGGACCCCUUGGUAUCCGCGAAGGAUCUCGUCGAAUCUCUCCAGAAUUUGCGUUCAGUGUCUACACAGGCAAGAACUCGUUCCAACAAGGUCUGAAAAUUGUGGAUUGCGGCGAUGCGCCGCUCACGGUUCUCGACAACACUAUCGCGCUGAAGCAGCUUGGAAAGGCACACAAGAUCAUCUCAGCACGGAGCGCCAACUCAACCUACUUUUCCGUACCAAGAAUCAUCACUCUGGGAGGGGAUCAUACGACCACGCUGCCGGCCUUGAGGUCCACAGUCGAUCAUUGGGGACCUGUCUCGGUCAUUCAUUUCGAUAGUCAUCUGGAUACCUGGGAUCCUGAUAUUCUUGGAGGCGGCCUUUCACACUACGCCGGUGUGAACCAUGGCACGUUUCUGCACAUAGCUCACGAAGAAGGCCUGAUCAAGAACACCUCUAUUCAUGCUGGAAUUCGAGCUCCAGUCUCCAAUCCCAAGUACGAUCUCGCGAAUGAUAAAGCUUGUGGAUUCCACAUUCUUCGAGCUCGAGAUUUGGACCGCAUUGGCACGGAAGGUAUCAUCCAGAGAUUGAAAGAACGGACGAAGGGCACGAAGGUGUACAUCUCUGUGGAUAUCGAUGUUUUAGAUCCCGCUUACGCUCCUGCUACCGGCACUGCUGAGGUCGGAGGUUGGACUACGAGAGAACUCUUGACGAUUCUAGAUGGUCUGAGCGGUAUGCACGUCAUCGGGGCAGAUGUCGUUGAGAUCUACGACAACCCUGGCGAGACGACAACUCUUGCUGCUGCCGAGGUCGUGCAUUCUUUGAUUCGGUUGUUGGUUGAUGACACGCCUGUGAAACCAAAGAAGACAGCGGAGUAG